CAAUAAUACUAGAUGAAUUUAAUCCAGAUGACUUCCAAUAUAGUUUAAUAUUAUCAAAUAAUAGUGAAGGAGAGGGAAUCACGGAAAUUCGAACAUCCGAUAAGAUGUAUCCUAAUGGCUUUAAUAUUACUAUUCAACCGAUAGAUGUUAAGGUUGAAUUGCUACCAAUUGAUAGUAUUAUCCGUAUCACCGUUACGGCUGGCAUUAAUGAAAAACAAUUACAUGUAAAAAUAAUUAAAAAUACAUCUAAUUCUAUUAAAUUUACAUAUAAUGGAAAAGAUAUAUCAGAUAAGAAACAUAAGAAAGAAAAUAUAGAUAAUGAACCUAUCACACGAAUACAAACUGAAGGUCAAGAUCAGCAAACAAAUGUACAACCAGAAGUAUUACAACCAGAAGUAGUUCAACCAGAAGUAGUACAACCAGAAGUAAUACAACCAGAAGUAGUACAACCAGAAGUAGUACAAUCAGAAGUAGUACAACCAGAAGUAGUACACGAAAUCGAUCAAGAUGAACAAACGAGCGAAGUUAACAUACAAUCAGAUUCUGACAUCUCCACGAAAGUAUUUUCCAGAAGUAUUGAUCCGACCAUGAUUAACAGAAGUAUUGAUCCGAUCAAGAUUAAUAAUAGUAUUAAUCUUAGUAAGAACAGUGAUAAUGUUGUAAUACACUCUAAAAUAUAUAAACAAAAGAGUGAUUUAAUAGUUUUUUCAGAACAAAUCAGAUUUGAUUACAAACAAAUUGGGGUAAUGUUUGCUUCCAUGUUACUGGCAUACCAAGCUGGUAAACUCAGCGGAUGUUAA